GCGCAAGAAAAUUUUGAUUUCUCUCUUCUUCCUUCUUCAUUCUUUUAUUAAAGUUACAGAGAGAAUAGAAAGAAUACUAGUAAGUUGAGAUCACAGACUAAUAAUAUAGAGUGGUCAUGGGAGACUCUUCAGCUUCCUACAUACACAUGGUGCAACACCUAAUAGAGAAAUGCCUGAUUUUCCGUAUGACUAAAGAGGAAUGCAUGGAAGCCCUGUCUAAACAUGCAAAUAUCAAGCCUGUCAUCACUUCCACUGUAUGGAAUGAACUAGAGAAAGAGAACAAAGAAUUCUUCGAGGCAUACACAGAAUCCCAAAGCAAAGAAGACAAAAUGUCCGAGGAAGAGACAAGCCAAAUGAUACAGAAAAUGAUUUCGGAUUCAGCCAAAGAUUCCGACGACUAAAAACAUAUGUAUAUAUAUUUAUAUAUACGCCACUCGAUCGAAAAUGAUCUGACUUCUCUGGAGUUCUGGUAGGUAGGAAGGCAUCUUUAAUUAAUUAAUUGCUCUCUGUCUCUGUAAUUAUGUCCAAGGUAGCAUCCAGCCAAAACCACAUAGGGACUCAUCACAUGAAUACCCUAUACGUACGCCUACUCAUCAUCUCUGCUGCUAUGUCCACAUACUCACACAACAAGUUUCAGAUCAUCAUUACGGGGUCCCCCUUACGCAUGUUAAACGCUUCUUCAUUUUUCUUUACAUAAUAAUAUGUGUAGUGUUGUGUUUGUGUGUAUAUAUAUAUAAUAUGCAUACAUCAUCAUUAUUUAAUCAAAGUAUAUAUUAUUAUUACUAUUAUCGUGCUUGGACGAGAGCCAAUUUAGUUAGUAGUCUCUUAAUUAGUUAUAUUAAUAUUUCAGUAUUCCCUACAUUAAAAAUUCUGUGGCCACGUGCUCUUAUUAUAAUUCUCUUGGAUGGACCAAUAUAGCAGAGCUACACGUGAAACUAUUGUACAAUACAAUAUACGAUUGAAUAUUCUUAGUAAUUGUUGUUUCUGUAGUAAA